AUGAAUCCUCACCAGCAAAAUAAGGUUGACAUUAGCUCGUUGAGUCCCGAUGAGCAGCGCCUUUUACGCUUGUAUGGCAAAAUGCCCAACAAGAAAGACGUUUUGCAGAAUAAAUUGAAGGAGCGGAAAUAUUUCGAUUCGGGCGACUACGCCCUGAGCAAGGCCGGAAAAGCCUCGGACGUCGGCGUCACCAACAUUGGCUCGCAGCAUCCUGUGCCUGAAAAUAUCCCUCAUUUGACCGCCACGUCGCCUGGGGCAAACAACCCCGCCGCCGCCAGCAAUGGCACCAGCACAAGCUCUCAAGGCCAGCAGAUCCCUGGAAGCUUCAGUGCUCACCCAGGCUCUGUUGGGUUCCAGAGUCGAAGUCCCGUGAAAGAGGCUAGCUACCUGCAACGGGAAACGAGCGCAGAUGAGUCUGAUGCUCCCGCAGCCAAGGAUCAGGACGCAAAGGAUCUCAGUGUGAGCCCUCCUCCUACCCAAGGUGGCGUUCCAAUCCGACAAUAG